AUGCGCUUCUCAACCACUGUUGCUCGACCACUGCAGCUGGUUCUUAGAACUAUGCAGUGGUGCAGUGCUGUCAUUGUCUUGGGCCUCACCUCAUGGUUCAUCAGCCGAGGGCCUCGCGGGCAGCACAUUAUCUACCAAGAAGUCAUCGCUGCCUUCUCCAUCGUCUGCUUCAUCCCAGCAUUCAUCUCCCCCUUCCGCCCAUCUUUCUUGAACAAAAUGGUCAUGCUAAUCGAUCUCGUGUUUUCCUACCUAUGGUUAACGGCCUUUGUCUUUGCGGCUGAAGACUACGACUGGCACUCGUGCUACCUCAACUCUCCGCCUGGUGUUUCCUGUCGACGCAAGAGGGCAAAUCAGGCCUUUAUCUUUCUUGCUUUUAUCUUUACCUUCUUUGGAUUAUUCCUCGAGUAUGCUGCUCAUCGGGCUUACCAAAAGUCACGGCCUACUCAGCCCGUGGUUGAAAAGACAGAUGCCGCUGGAACUCGGCCACCGCUUGAUGCUCCGGCUGAAGUUGCUGCACCGACUGCAACGGUUUGA